GCGUAACUUCUCUCCCUUGCAUUGCGUUGCUCCUUAUAAUCCUUGAUACUUUCCCGCAUUUGUAUAUUCCAUUUAUGCCUGCCUCGCCUUUCUUCUACUUGAACCUUGUUGUUGUCCCCGAUGACUGACGCGAUCAGCGCGGCCGGUUCGUGCCUGCAGCCCCUGUGCGAAUGCCUCGAUGGCACGGGCAUGCUCGACGCAGCGGCCCGAGAGGUCGCCUCGUUCCUUCGCCUCAAAUCCAACUGGGGCGAUCUGGACAGGGCCAAGGAGCUGCUGCAGGCCGUCGAGACGACGGUGAGAGCGCGGGUCACCGCGGAGAUGGACAAGCUGAACGUCUGUGACCCUCAGGUGCAGGUCUGGCUGAAGCGUGUCGAUGAGCUGCAGCUGGAGGACAUCGAUGAGGAGUAUGGCCGGCUGUUGAAGUAUUCUUGCAUCUCCCAGUGCACCCUCCAUGCUCAUCGGCGUACGGCGGUUGGCCGGCGUGUUGUUGAGGCGCUUGAGGAGGCGAAUAAACUUAUCGAGGAAGGGAGGCGGUUCAAGGAAUUUGGGUUCAAGCCCCUGCCGAGGAUUGUCGAUCCCUUGCCUCAAAUCAAAACGUUUGGUUUGGAGACCAUGCGGAGCCAGCUCCACAACCUGUUUGAGAAGGGUGAAUCCAACAUAAUUGGUGUGUGGGGCCAAGGAGGUGUUGGUAAGACCACACUCCUCCACGUCUUCAAUAAUCAUCUUGACAAAAAGAUCCAUGACUAUCAGGUUGUUAUCUUUAUUGAAGUAUCCAAUUCAGAGACACUGAACACAGUGGAGAUACAACAGACUAUCUCAGAAAGACUCAAUUUGCCAUGGAAUGAAGCAGAGCCAGUUGGCAAACGGGCUAAAUUCUUGGUAAAGGCACUGGCCAGGAAAAGGUUUGUAGUCCUGCUUGAUGAUGUAAGGAAGAAAUUCCAACUGGAGGAUGUUGGCAUCCCAACUCCAGAUACCAACAGCCAGAGCAAGCUGAUCCUCACGUCACGUUACCGAGAAGUAUGCUUCCAGAUGAAUGCACAGAGGAGUUUGAUUAAGAUGCAGAUUUUGGAUGACGAUGCUUCAUGGGAACUAUUCUUGAGCAAGCUGAGUAAGGAAGCUAGUGCAGCAGUUGAAGCAGGUUCCCAGAAUGUCAGAGACCAUGCCAUGGCAAUAGCCCGAAGUUGUGGAGGCCUACCACUUGCGCUCAAUGUCAUUGGGACCGCUGUGGCAGGCUUGGAAGAGGGAGAGUGGAAAUCUGCUGCAGAUGCAAUUGCUACCAAUAUGGACAAUAUUGAUGGUGUGAAUGAAAUGUUUGCUCGGUUGAAAUACAGCUUUGACAGGCUCACACCCACUCAACAACAGUGUUUCCUAUACUGCACUCUUUUUCCAGAGUAUGGAUCCAUUAGUAAAGAGCAACUUAUUGAUUAUUGGUUAGCUGAAGGUUUGCUAUUAAAUGAUUGUGAGAAGGGUUAUCAGAUAAUUCGCAGUCUUAUUUCAGCCUGCUUGCUGCAGGCUAGUGGCUCAAUGUCAUCAAAGGUUAAAAUGCACCACAUAAUCAGGCAUCUGGGGCUUUGGUUGGUUAACAAGUCAGAUUCAAAGUUUCUAGCUAAACCAGGGAUGGCCUUGGAUAAUGCUCCUUCAGCUGGAGAGUGGAAAGAAGCUACAAGGAUCUCCAUCAUGUCUAAUAACAUCACCGAGCUUAAUUUCUCGCCCAAGUGCAAAAACGUCACCACAUUAUUGAUCCAGAACAAUCCAAAUUUAAACAAGAUGAGCUAUGGAUUUUUCAGAACUAUGUCGUCCUUGAAAGUGCUCGAUCUUUCUCAUACUGCGAUAACAUCACUUCCAGAAUGUGAUGCAUUGGUUGCAUUGGAGCAUCUGAAUUUGUCUCACACACACAUUAUGAGGUUACCUGAGCGCCUAUGGUUACUGAAAGAGUUGAGGCAUUUGGAUCUGAGUGUGACUGUUGCACUUGAAGAUACCCUGAACAACUGCUCAAAGUUACACAAGUUGAGAGUGCUCAAUCUCUUCCGCAGCCACUAUGGAAUCCGUGAUGUCGAUGACCUGAAUCUGGAUUCCCUGAGGGAACUAUUGUUCCUCGGAAUCACUAUUUAUGCUGAGGAUGUGCUAAAAAAAUUGAACAUGCCCCGUCCUUUGGCAAAGUCAACACAUCGCUUAAACUUGAAGUAUUGUGCAGAGAUGCAAUCAAUCAAAAUCUCUGACCUCAACCACAUGGAGUAUCUUGAGGAGCUGUAUGUUGAAUCAUGUUAUGACCUGAAUACAGUGGUUGCUGAUGCUGACCUUACAACUUCACACCUGCAGUUCCUGACCCUCUCGGUUCUUCCCUCGUUGGAAAAUGUCGUUGUUGCACCAAUGCCACAUAACUUUCAGUACAUCCGCAAGUUGGUCAUUUCACAGUGCCCGAAGUUGUUGAACAUCACAUGGGUCAGAAAACUUCAAAUGCUUGAGAGGCUUGUCAUAUCUCAUUGUGAUGGCAUGCUCGAAAUUGUAGAAGAUGAGGAGCAGUAUGGAGCACAAAUGGAAAUGCAAGAGCACGCUUCACAUAAACAAGAAGACCAUACUGUUGUAGAGACUUCAUGGAUUGAGUCGAAUGACAAAGGGCACAAUGACUUCCCAAAGUUGAGAUUGAUGGUAUUGACGGAACUUAAGAAGCUGAGGACUAUUUGUAGACCAAGAGCUUUCCCAUGUCUUGAGACCCUUCGGGUGGAGGACUGCCCAAAUCUGAGAAGCAUCCCGUUGAGAAGCAUGCAUAACUAUGGGAAAUUAAAGCAAAUAUGUGGUUCGUCUGAUUGGUGGAAGAAUCUUCAGUGGGAAAACGGGGUGGAGGAGACACGUCUGGAGAGCAAGUACUUCAUUCCAAUAUGAAAGAAACCCAGUUUCAAUGGCUUCUGUAUUGCAUGCAGGCAGCUUCUUUCUAUCUUCACACGAAUAAGAGGUCUAUACUUAAGUUGUUUCAGAUCUGUACAUGUGAAGGCAUAGCUUCUGUAAAUUGUUGGUAUUACAUGCAUGUUGCAUUCAUUUAUGUA